AUGACGGAGAAUCAUACCCCUUCUACAACGCAGCCGACGUUGCCUGCGCCUGUUGCUGAAGCGGCGCCGAUCCAAGCAACCCCAGCUCCUUCUGCCUCAGUCACGGCGACUGCUGCCGCCGCCACGGCGGCGGUGAACAACACUGCCUCUAUGAACGGCGCCGGUGAGCAGUUGCCUUGCCAGUGGGAGCAUGUUUGCGAGCGUCAUGUUGGACGUAAAAGCACCAACAACCUCAACUUGACCUGCCAGUGGGGCACUUGCAACACCACAACAGUCAAGCGUGAUCAUAUCACCUCCCACAUCCGCGUCCAUGUGCCACUUAAGCCUCACAAAUGCGACUUCUGUGGUAAGGCUUUCAAGCGCCCCCAGGAUUUGAAGAAGCAUGUCAAGACCCAUGCGGAUGACUCCGAGAUCCGCUCCCCCGAACCGGGCAUGAAACACCCUGAUAUGAUGUUCCCCCAAAACCCUAAGGGUUACGCUGCUGCCACACAUUACUUCGAAAGCCCUAUCAACGGCAUCAAUGGGCAAUAUUCACACGCCCCGCCUCCCCACCAAGGACAAGAGGGAGGCCACCCCUACGACCGUAAGCGCGGAUAUGAUGCGUUGAACGAAUUUUUUGGCGACUUGAAGCGCCGCCAGUUCGACCCUAAUUCCUAUGCCGCGGUCGGCCAGCGUCUGCUGGGUCUCCAGGCUCUUCAGCUUCCCUUCCUCAGUGGCCCUGUCCCUGAAUACCAGCAAAUGCCUGCGCCUGUUGCCGUUGGCGGCGGAGGCGGUGGCUAUGGCGGUGGUGCUCCCCAGCCUCCUGGUUACCACCUGCCCCCCAUGUCCAAUGUCCGGACUAAGAACGAUUUGAUCAACAUUGAUCAGUUCCUUGAGCAAAUGCAGAACACUAUCUACGAAAGCGAUGAGAAUGUGGCUGCUGCCGGUGUUGCCCAGCCCGGCGCGCAUUACGUGCAUGGUGGCAUGAACUAUCGCACCACCCACUCUCCUCCCACCCAGCUCCCACCAAGCCACGUCACUGCAACCACCUCAGCCCCCAUGGCGGCUGCUACAGCCCACUCCCCAUCGGUCGGGACCCCAGCCCUGACUCCGCCUUCCAGCGCACAGUCGUAUACCUCCAACCGCUCACCCAUCUCCCUGCACCACGCUCACCGCGUGUCGCCCCCUCACGAGAGCGGCCCGGGUAUGUACCCUCGCUUGCCGUCGGCCACUGUCGCCGACAGCAUGACUGCAGGCUACCCGACCGCCUCAGGUGCCGCACCACCCUCUACUCUGAGCGGUGCGUAUGACCACGAUGACCGCCGCCGCUACACUGGUGGUACCUUGCAACGCGCCCGGCCGGCCGAGCGUGCUGCCACCGAGGACCGCAUGGACAUCUCCCAGGAUAGCAAGCAUGGUGGCGAGCGCACCCCCAAGGCUAUGCACAUCUCGGCGAGCCUGAUUGACCCCGCCCUGUCGGGUACCUCGUCUGACCCCGAGCAGGAGUCAGCCAAGCGUACUGCGCAAGCGGCCACUGAAGUCGCGGAGCGGGAUGUCAACGUUGCCUGGGUCGAAAAGGUCCGUCUGCUUGAGAACCUCCGCCGUUUGGUUUCCGGAUUGCUUGAGGCCGGUAGCCUUACUCCUGAAUAUGGAGUGCAGACCUCCUCAGCUUCUCCUACGCCAGGACUUGAUGCUAUGGAGGGAGUUGAGACUGCCAGUGUACGUGCUGCUUCUGAGCAGGCCAGAGAAGAGCCCAAGGCUGAAAGUGAGGGAGUCUUCUAUCCCACGCUACGUGGUGUGGAUGAGGAUGAGGAUGGAGACUCUAAAAUGCCCGAGUAA